AUGAACGGAAUCUCUGUCGACAUCAACCACCUCAAGAAGGGAGAAGUGAACCUUGGUACUUCCAUCAUGGCAGUGACCUUUGCAGACGGUGUCAUCUUGGGUGCUGACAGUAGAACUACAACCGGUUCUUACAUCGCCAACCGUGUGACUGAUAAAUUGACACAGGUCAAUGAGAACAUAUGGUGUUGCAGAUCGGGAUCUGCGGCCGACACGCAGGCUGUUGCCGAUAUCGUGAAGUACCAUUUGGAAAUGUACACUGCCCAGCAAGGAGAACAGCCAACCACCAAAAUCGCAGCCUCGCUAUUCCAGGAACUUUGUUACAAUAACAAGGACGCUCUCACUGCCGGUAUUAUAUGUGCUGGAUACGACAAAAGAUCGGGUGGAUCUGUUUAUAGUAUACCGAUUGGAGGUUCUAUUCACAAGCAGGAGUACGCGAUUGCCGGAAGUGGGUCCACCUACAUCUACGGUUACUGUAACAAGAACUUCCGUCCAAACAUGAGCAAAGACGAGACAAUUGACUUCAUGAAGAAGUCUUUGGCCCAGGCCAUCAAAUGGGACGGAUCCAGUGGAGGUGUGAUUAGAAUGGUGAUCUUGACGAAGUCUGGAAUGGAGAGAUUGGUGUUUUAUCCUCACAAUUAUGUUGACAGCGAAUAG